AUGGCCAACGUCGAUGGCGGUUGCCAAGCCGUGCAGAAUCAAAAUCCAUUUGAUGAAUUUCCGUGCUUGCCGUCAACCGAAUCGGCCUUGUUACAUCUCGACGGCAUCACGGUGACAGAGAAGGUUAUUGGACAAGGCGCGACAGGCAUUAUCCUUGAGCGAGGACAUUAUGCGCUCAAGCUACCUCGAAUUUCAAGAUAUACCAAGAUCGAUGGAGUCCCCGUGGAAGUCGGGUCCUGA